AUGGAAGAGGAGGCAAACACUCUUAGUGGUAGAGUGUCUUCAAGUACCAAAUCACAACAGAGAGUAGAAGAAGCUAAAACGAGGCUAAAGACUGCAGAGAAGGUUGCCGAGCUAAGACGUCAGAAAUCAAAAUUACAAUUUGAAGAACAAUUAAAUGCUGCAAAAUUGAAACAAGAGCAGGAAUGUUUAGACAUGGAACUAGAAUUGCUAAAACAUCAAGAGGAAGUUCAGAUAGCAGAAACAAGAGUGAAGUUCGAAAUGGGUGAUGAAGAAAGGAGUCACGUUGAUCUAGGAUUACCGAAAGUAGGAGGGUUUGAGAAAUCUAAAACUUUCAUAAAGAACUUACCUCUUAAUCCUCAAGCAGAAAAGUUUGUUCCACAGUCAGAUAAUACUCUGCCUUCCGUGUCAACAACAUGUGUUCCAGAAACUUUACAACAACCUUAUACAUGUAAUCCACAACAAGUGCGACCAGCUAUAAAUCCACCACAACCCAUACUGGCAGCUUAUCCUAGAUAUCCUAUGCAGCCGACAUACCCACCCCAACCUAUGCCAUCUAUGGACAAAGUAAUACGUAGCAGUGCAGCAGAGAUUGCGCCAGACUUAAAGGAUGGACAAGAGGUGUGGUAUCUUCCAUUGUUCGGAGUAUACCACCCCAAGAAAAAGGAUCAGAUACGUGGAGUCUUUGACUCUUCUGCUGCAUUCCAAGGAGUGUCUCUUAACAGUGUUCUCCUCACAGGACCUAAUUUGACAAACAAUUUAGUGGGUGUUCUCCUUCGAUUCAGGAAAGACGCUGUGGCAGUAUCAGCAGAUAUUGAACAGAUGUUCUACUCAUUUCUUGUUAACGACGACCACAGGGACUACUUGCGAUUUCUGUGGUAUAGGGAUAAUGAUCCUAACAAGGAACUCAUAGAGUAUCGCAUGUGUGCCCACGUGUUUGGGAACUCUCCAUCGCCAUCUGUAGCAAUAUUUGGCUUACUCAAGAGCACCAGAAAUUCUGAUGAAGACAUUGUAGAAUUUGUGAAAAAUGAUUUCUAUGUAGACGAUGCAUUGACGUCUUUACCAACUGCUUCACAAGCAGUCGAUUUGUUGAAAAGAACUCAGACUGUACUUAAGAACAAUGGCAAUAUUAAGUUACACAAAAUUGCAUCAAACCAUAAAAAUGUGAUGUCGGCUUUCUCCAAGGAUGACCUAAGCAAAGAAAUAAAACUGCUAGAUUUAGAAAAGGAUUCGUUACCUAUACAUCAGAGCUUAGGUUUGUCAUGGGAUUUAUCUACAGAUAGUUUUGUGUUUCAUGUGGAUUUUGCCAAGAAACCUAACACAAGACGUGGUUACUUGUCCAUGCUUCACAGCAUUUAUGAUCCUUUGGGUUUCACUGGACCCCUUGUGAUCCAAGGAAAGAUUAUUCUUCGUGAAAUUACAGCACUGUAUGACUGGGAUGAUGAGAUUGACCCCUCAUAUGUUUGUCGUUGGGAAUCAUGGAAAGAUUCUUUUACAUCACUACAGCAAGUGACCGUUCCUCGCAUGUAUUUUACCAAAUCUUUGAGCCAGAGUGAAAUGGUUGAACUUCAUGUGUUUUGUGAUGCUUCGGAACAGGCUGCCUCGGCAGUUUCCUACAUGAGAAUUUCAACUGAGAUGGGAAUAGAAGUAUCUUUUGUCUUCGGCAAAGUAAAAUUAGCGCCCCUUCAUGGACAUACCAUGCCACGACUUGAACUUUGUGCAGCCUUACUAGCAGUAGAUGUAGCAGAAAUUGUCAAUAUACAUCUGAGUAUCAAAUUUAUAACCACAAAGUUUUAUUCUGACAGUAUGAUUGUACUUGGCUACAUCAACAACCAAACUAGACGUUUCUACAAUUAUGUGGCCAAUCGUGUUGAGCGUAUUCUACGAACAUCAAAUCCCUCUCAGUGGAAUUAUGUGAAAUCUGCAGAGAACCCAGCAGAUCUAGGAACAAGAGGAUUAAACUCAGCUCAAAAUUUGUACCAGGAGUGGUUGAGAGGACCAGAAUUCCUCCAUUUCAAUACAGAAACUGUCAACGAAUCCUUUCCUCUCAUUAACCUGGAACACGACAAAGAAAUUCGUGUCAGUGCGGAAAGGACAGUGGUUAAGGACUUUAACCUAACCAAGAACUUUGAAAAUUUUUCCAGCUGGGACUCUUUAGUUUGUGCACUUGCAGUGCUCAAGACUUUCAUUAGAAAGAAAAAACAAAUUGUGUCAGAUCCUGUUACAAUCAGACGAGACAGUGAAUCAGUCAUCAUCAAAGAAACUCAGAAAACCUUUUUCUUGGAUGAUAUUUAUUGUUUACAGCAUAAGAAACCUCUACAACGAGACAGUUCUGUGCUUAAAUUGUGUCCUUACCUGAGUGAUGAUGGGAUUAUGAAGGUUGGUGGGAGAUUGAAUCUUAGCGUACUUCCUGAGGAACUGAAGAAUCCAAUCAUUAUUCCUAAGAAAUCUCAUGUGGCGAAAUUAAUUGUACAGCAUUUUCAUGAGAAGUCAGCUCAUCAGGGCAGACACAUCACCGAGGGUGCGAUUAGAAACAAAGCCUACUGGAUUAUUGGUGCAAAGAAAUUAAUUUCGUCUGUGAUUCAUAAGUGUAUUAUAUGCAGAAGAUUACGAGGGAAAUUUGAAAGUCAGAGGAUGGCAGAUUUACCACCAGACAGAAUUACUCCAGGACCUCCAUUCAGUGCAGUUGGAGUAGAUACGUUCGGACCCUGGACCAUCGUCACACGUAAAACACGUGGAGGACAAGCUGAAAGUAAACGGUGGGCCAUUAUGUUUACAUGUUUGACAACUAGAGCAAUUCAUAUUGAGUUAGUGGAGUCAAUGUCCAGCUCAUCUUUCAUCAAUGCGUUACGUAGAUUUAUCGCACUUCGUGGGAAUGUGUCUUUAUUUCGAUCAGACAGAGGUACUAACUUUAUCGGAGCUACAGAAGAUCUUGGGAUUGACGUAACAAAAGGACCAGUGAAAAACUUCCUUGAUAAGUCGAAGAUUGUGUGGACAUUCAAUGCUCCCCACUCUUCCCACAUGGGAGGAGUGUGGGAGAGAAUGAUUGGAUUAACACGUCGAGUAUUGGAUACACUACUCUUAGGACCUAAAGGAAAAAAUGUCACUCACGAGGUACUUAGUACAUUGAUGGCCGAAGUGACAGCCAUAAUUAAUUCAAGACCAAUUACUACUAUAUCUAACGAUCCUGAGGUACCAUUUGUGUUGAGUCCAGCAAUGCUUUUGAAUCAGAAGAUAUCCGGUCACUAUUCUAUGUGUAUGGAUGUUGACAUACGUGAUAUAUACAAAGAACAGUGGAAGCAAGUACAAGUCUUAUCUGACUUAUUCUGGCAACAGUGGAAAACCUAUUACCUUCAGAACUUACAAUCCCGUCGCAAGUGGACAUCUGAAAGAACAAACAUGAAGGUUGGAGAUGUAGUAGUCAUCAAGGAUCGUGAGUCUGCAAGAUGUCAGUGGUCUAUUGGACUUGUGGAAGAAGUUUUCCCCAGUGCAGAUGGACUCGUGCGGAAGGCUUCUGUGCGUGUUAUGAUUAAUGGAAAACCGUGUACAUAUACAAGACCAAUAAGUGAACUUAUUCGACUCAUAGAUUAA